AUGUCCCACAAGCCUGAAUUAGAGGAAUCUUUGGAAAAUAGGAGCUCAGUGAUCCCAAACAAUGCUAUAUUCUUCAUCAAUCCAGAAGAAAUGUUGUACCCUUGGGCCAAUAAUCCUUAUUUUUUUUACAUCAUCGCCACCUAUGUCAUUACAUUUAUGAUCGGGGCGACCGGAAACAUCAUCGUUAUUGCUGUAAUGAUCGGUGACCGCACAUCCCGAAAUGUAACCAACAUUUUCCUCGUCAGUUUGGCCGUUGCUGACCUCCUUCUGCUCGUUAUUUGCGCCCCUCUCGAUGUCACCCAUUACCUAGUCAUGCAGUGGGACCAGGAAGGGACUGUCUGUAAAAUCGCUGCCUAUGCUGAACAACUUUCGGCUUUUGCGUCCAUUCUCAACCUUGUCGCCGUAACUUUGGAAAGGUUUGUGGUGAUUGUUUUCCCCAUUAAAUCACGAUCACUUUGCACUAUGAACAACUUCAAGAAGCUAAUGAUUGGUGUAUGGGUUGUAUCUUUACUGCUCGCAACUCCCUCUGCUGCCAUCAAG